AUGAGCCAAGACGACAUGGAGACCGCCUUCCAAGCCGCCAUCGACAAGGGCACGCUCAACGGCGUCCUCGUCUGCGCCUCGGACGCCGCCGGGAACUUCGUCUACGAGAAGACGCUGGGCCGGCGCACCCUGCUGUCGGGCGAGAAGCGCCCGCAUCGGCGCGACGAUGUGCUGUUCCUCGCGAGCGCCACCAAGCUGUUGACUACUAUCGCCGCCCUGCAGUGCGUCGAGGACGGCACGCUCUCGCUGACGGGCGACCUGGCGGCCGUCGCGCCUGAUUUGGUUGCGAAGCAGGUGCUCAAGGGCUUUGAUGAUGAUGGCGAGACCCCGAUCCUCGAGCCGCAGGCCCGAAACGUCACGCUGGAGAUGCUGCUCACGCACAGCUCGGGGCUGACGUACCACUUCCUCGACCCGAACGUGGCCCGCUGGCGCGCCAAGUUCGCGCCGCAAGCCCAGGCCCAAGCCCAAGCCGAAACUAAAGCUGAAACCAAAACCAAAACCGGGGACGAGAGGAAGAUGACAGUCGAGCAGCUCUUCUGCUACCCGCUCAGCUUCCAGCCCGGCAGCAGCUGGAUGUACGGGCCCGGCCUCGACUGGGCCGGGCGCCUCAUCGAGCGCGCCACGGGCCGGACCCUAGGGGAACACCUGCACGCGCGCGUCUUCGCGCCUUUGGGGAUUGCCGACGCGCAGUUCCACCCCGUCACGCGCCCGGACCUGCGCGCGCGCCUCGUCGACCUCAACUCGGCGGACCCGGACGCGCUCGGCCGCGCCGUGCUAGGCGGCGGGGGGGACGUGAACCGCACCACGCGGGGGGACUUUGGCGGGCAGGGUCUGUUCAUGACGGCGCCGGACUACCUGGCCGUGCUAAAAUCACUCUUAGCCAAGGACGGCAAGAUUUUAAAACCCGAGACGGUUAACGAUAUGUUUCGCGACCACCUGAGCCCGGAGUCUUCCACAAAACUCGGCGAGGCGCUCCUGGGGCCCGGGGGCCCGUUUUUCCGCGUCGGCACGGACGCCGGGGCGAGGGCGGGCCACGGCCUGGGGGGAUUGCUGACGCUGCAGGAUGUGGAGGGGUGGUAUGGCGAGCGCACGCUUACGUGGGGCGGCGGCAUGACGUUCACGUGGUUUAUCGAUCGCGAGAACGAUCUGUGUGGACUGGGCGCGCUGCAGGCUUCGUUGCCUGUGGAUGUACCGGCCGUGGAGGCGCUGAAGCAGACGUUUCGGCGGGAUAUAUAUCGGAAGUGUAGUGCGUGGCAGGAGCAGCAGCAGAAGUCGUGA